CCCCUAUAAUGGACGAAACCGGUCUCACUGGAAAGCAAAAAAUAACCUUGCUGUCAGCUUGGAGCCUUAUUAAGCAGGAUCUGGAUCUGCACGCUCGAAACGUUUUGCUGUUCCUCUUUAAAGAAAACCCCCAGUUUCUGACGUAUUUCGACUUCAGCACCGAUAGCAGUACGACGAACCUAGCAGAAAACCAGGCCCUAUUUGCGCAUUCCCUUAAUGUUAUCUUGGGUCUGGGGUCUCUGAUCGAGUACGGUCUCAGUUGUCCGAAAAUGUUCCUUUGUACGCUAACGAAGUUAGCUAGAAACCACAAAGCUCGAUCGGUUACCGGAACGGAUGCUAAGUUGUUUGGCAAAGUUAUCACGGACUAUUUCAUGGACGUUUUGGACCAGCAGGGUGCAAGCAGCUUGCCAGGAGCAUUUGAAAUGCUCUUCGAAAAGAUAGCGGAGGCGUUCGACGACUAUCCAGCAAUCGAUGCAACGGAGUGAUGUUUCAUAAUAUUGAUAGACAGAAACCAAGCGCAAUUUUUUCAUCGCCUGACCGAGGGUGUAUAUAACGUUCAUUUCGGAGCGUAUUUGUUGUCCGUGUUGAUAGCUAAUCGAAUCUAUCACGAAGAUGAAUUCUGGGAAUUUUGGCACAAGUCAAGAUAUAAAUCCCAAUGUUCCAUCAGGGUGAAUACUAUCGUGCAACAAAGCAAAUUGGAAAUAAUCAAUCACGCUCACUGACAACGAUGGCAUUGCUAGACUUUUCUGUAGUUUUGUCCCAUUCUAUUGUGAGGCACAUAAUAUCUCUCCUGUGUGUCCUUUUAUUACUCCCCUAGGGAAGUUAUCAUUGACGAUGUUUCAUUUUUGAUGCAUUAUUGGUACUUAAAUUAGUAAAUUACCUGAAUCGACUAUACGAUGAACAUCCGAUAAAUUUAUAUGAUAACAGUUAUUGAGUAUUUUGUGUGGAAUGUUCAAGAACUGUUUUAUCUUCACUUUGGGGCUUCAUACUUUAGCAACCGUGUCAAAGAGACAAGGUUUCGUAAAAUAAAAAU